UUAAUCCAAGUUUUUCUAUUGUUAUCAAUUAUUUCUUUUCUUAAAUCCGUAAAUGGUAGAACACAAAAUUCAUUAUUCUUUGUAAAAACUUUAAAAAUUUGGUUUUUAAGGUUUUUGUUGAAGUAAUUAAGAAUAGAUAGAUACGAACCACGAGACUUGGCAACUACACAAAUCCACAUCGUCCUUGGAAGCAAAACGACGGAAUUAAGUGCUUCUCGAGGAUUUAGUCUCGUUGUACAUCAUCCUCUGGAACCGAACUUGGUUGGGCCAAAGCUUCGACAUGGAUUCUCUACAUAAGGCAGUGAGAGAUCGAGACCAUGAUAGGCUGGAAGAGCUGCUACGUUCCGGUAUGUGUGACAUCAAUCAGAAAAACGAUAAAGGAGAGACGCCAUUGGAGAUAGCGGUGUUUCUCGGGGAUUUCUGUGCGACCAAGCUGUUGUUGGACUUUGGCGCCGAGCCCAUCCUCCAGGCUGACUCUCUUACGCAAGACACGGGCAUACGUGGCGGUAAAACGGUUGUCAUUCGGGAGCUCAUCAAUCGAGGCUGCCACCCAGACCGGAUCACCUAUCCACCACAUCGGGUAACUGACACCAUCUGGAACAUGGUCAUAGAAAUGAAUGAUCCCGAACUCCUGCAAUGUUUGCUACAAAGUGCCGAGCGAGAAAUACAUGAUGAUGAUUGGUCCAACGCGUUACUGUUUACCGCCUGUGUAAAAGGUUCAUACCGAAUCGUGGAAUAUUUAAUAAGCUGUAAGUUGCCUCUGGAUAAUAAAGAUGCAGAGGGUCGAUCUGCGUUAUUCUAUGCAGUGCUAGGUGGUGAUAUUAGAACGUUCAAGCUGCUCAUGGAUAAUGGCGCGAAUUUGCACCAACUCGAUAAAAAUGGCGCGAAUCUGAUGCACUACGCGGUUGAAAGUAUUAACCAUCAUGACUUUGUCCAGUUAUUACUCGAGAACAAUGUAAACGUGAAUGUUUGCUCUAAAUACAAUGGCAUGCCGUUGCAUCACGCGAUUUACAGGAAUUGGUUGUUCACGAUUAAUUCGUUGGUAGAAAACAAUGCUAAUAUAAGUAGGGGGGACUUAUACGGAAGAAAUCCGUUUGUCGCUGCUAUUGAUAUUGACUGGGGUAUCGCUGACUAUUCGUGUAUGAAUUACCUACUUAGUCAGAAGUCGUUGGAUAUCAAUCAGGUAGACUUGGAAGGCCAGACUGCACUCCACCACGCAGUUAUAAGGGGAAACGUUAUUGUUGUGCAGCAAUUACUCUACCACAGAGAUACAGAGGUCAAUAUUCAAGAUUAUCAUGGCAGAACCCCCUUAAAUUAUGCCAUAGAUGGUAACUAUCUUACGAUAUUGGAACUCCUGUUGGACUUUGGAGCGAGUGUAUCUUGCCUGUACGACUAUCCGAGGUAUGAAUUUUUGAAGACUGACGUCAAGACUUCGCUGAUGAAGUACAUGAUCAAGAGAGAAGUAGCCGACUUGCAGAUAGAAAACAGUUUGAGAACAAUUUUGUGCGAUGAACAGCAAAUCAAAAAAGAUUGCAAGUACUUCAGGAAUGUAUGUAUCAAGGAGGUUGAGUUGUUGAAGACAAUGACAAUGGACAACGGCGAGAUAACGUAUUAUCAGUUUUUGCAUGGCGACAGGGAUAGAUUGCAUUGGUACACCAACAAGCCUAAUAUCCGUAGUAUUUUCGAGAAUCAUAUGCAUUAUUUCACUGAAUACGUGCACAUACUAGGCAGGAAUUAUAUCUUGGGAAUAAGAUCGAUCAUCGAGGAUGGAAUUGAAGUCAUUGCGACUGCUAGAGAUAGUAUUCACAAUACCACUGACAUGACAAGUUCGAAUAAAGUACUGGCGAGCCAUGAAUCGAUGGACAGCGAUGAAGAUGACAUGGACGAUGAUGAUGAUGACGGCAUCACAUUAUUAUUGUAUUAAAUACUGUGGAUCUCUUCUUAACGAAGAUUUACAUCAUAUCACUAACAUAAACAACACUAGUUAUAUUGGUGUUAUUAGUUUGUACUCUUCAUUAGUAUACUUUACCAACAAAAUUAGUGUUACAUUUGUCAUCAAUAUGAUAUUUUUUAUAAAUUAUGUUUUAGAGCCCAGCUUGUAGAAGUAGGUGGACCGCAAUUAUUUCGUUAAUUUUUAGUAAGUUUUAUAUAUAAAUAGUGGUCUAUUUAAGUAGGUGAAAUGUUACUUUAUCGACAUUUUAAAUGUUACAACUAGGAUUGUCACUUGUAAUGCGUGACCAAAAGGGAAAGUAGCGUCUUUUUUAAAUUUAUUUCUAGUCAACGAAAGAACAGUAAAAAUUGACAAUAGGUAUUUCGUGUGAUAGAACUUUUAAAGAAAUGAAAUAACUUUUUUUAAUUGUUACUAUGUUGUUUGUAUGAUUUUUCAUUGUUAUUUACAUAAGUAGAUAAGUACUUGAUUUUUAAUUUACAAUUGCGAAGAUUAGUGUUACGUACUUUUGUAAACAAAUAUUAGUAAGUUUAUAAGUCGAUUGCGUAUUUAAGUAAUAUUUUAAUUUUAUUUGUUUUUAUGUUAUACGAAAUGCUCGAUGGACGAGCAUGAUUAUGUAAAUUUGUGACUCUGACGAUGUAAAUGCUGUUACAUCAUUAGUUCAAGAGAAUUAAUUUUCAAGCGAAAGUAUUUUUUUUUUUAAGUCAGUUUAUCUGUAAUUUUAAA